AUGGAAGGAAACUAUUUGAACAGAAACACAACAACUACUCAUAGAGAUCAUCAUCAUCACCAUCAUGGAUAUGAGGAACACUCAUGGGGAACAUCAUGGCCUGCAAGAAACUAUGCCUGUAGCUUUUGCAAAAGAGAGUUUAGAUCAGCUCAAGCUUUAGGUGGACACAUGAAUGUUCAUAGAAGAGAUAGGGCAAGGUUAAGAUCAUCGUUAAUAUCUUCUUGGGUUAAUUCUGAUCAAUGCCCUAAUAGUAAUAAUAAUAAACCUAACCCUACCACUCCUUCAUCUAAUGAUGAGAUUUUCAGUUCUUCACAUUAUCUCUCUUUAUCUUCUUCCUCUUCUUCACCUUCCUUACCUCAUACUAGCCAUGAUGACAAGAAACCUAGACUCACACCUUCUCUAUCUCUUCCUCUUUUGAAUCCUCAACGAAGUGGAAUCAUGAAAAGCUAUCAAGAUGUGAAGAAGCACAAUGUUUUGAUGAAUAAUGAGCAAAACAUUACAUUGGAGUUAGGAAUAGGGUUGUUUAAACACCAUGAAGAGAAGUUAGAUUUGGAGCUUCGACUUUAA